AGUCUUAAUCGAGAUCGCAAGCGCAGAAGCGGCCCGUUUCCAUAGCGCUAAUGCAAAUAGAAUAAAAAUGUUCCCAUUACGACGCGUUGUUGGCAACAAGAUUUUAGAACAAUGGAGGUCCCAGGCAACGGCUGCCGUUGGAGCAAAGACUCAGAUGAAAGCAUACAGCACAGAAGUUACCCCACGACCUUUGACCAUGCUGACAGAAGAUGAACUCGCCAUGAGGGAAACAAUACGGAAACUAGCGACCGAACAAAUAAGUCCGCUUGUGAAGAAAAUGGAAGAUGAACACCGCAUCGAUGAUGGUAUCCGACAGAUGUUGUUUGAUAAUGGGUUGAUGGGCAUCGAAACUCCGGUAGAAUACAGCGGUUCCGGCUGCAAUUUCCUGACAAUGAUGUUGGUGGUGGAAGAACUGUCUCGAGUGGACCCAGCCGUGGCCGCCUACGUCGACAUUCACAACACCUUAGUCAACUCUCUGUUCAUGAAGCUAGGUACAGAAGAACAAAAAAAGAAAUAUUUAACGAAACUCUGCACGGAAUAUGCUGGCAGUUUCUGUCUCACAGAGCCCAGCUCAGGAUCAGAUGCUUUUGCCUUGAAAACUGUUGCCAAAAAAGAAGGAGAACAUUACAUCAUUAGCGGCUCUAAAAUGUGGAUCUCGAACUCUGAUGUCGCUGGAGUCUUUCUAGUGAUGACCAAUGCUGAUCCUUCCAAGGGUUACAAGGGCAUCACCUGCUUUAUCGUUGAACGUGAAACCCCGGGCCUCAGUGUUGCCAAGCCUGAAAACAAAUUAGGCAUCAGAGCUUCGGGCACAUGCAUGGUACAUUUCGACAAUGUGAAGGUGCACGAAUCGAGUAUCCUUGGAGAAUAUGGCAAAGGGUACAAGUACGCGGCUGGUUUCUUGAACGAAGGUCGGAUUGGUAUCGCGGCUCAGAUGAUCGGUCUGUGUCAGGGCUGUAUGGACGCAACGAUUCCUUACACACUAGAAAGGAAACAAUUCGGAAAGAAGAUUUACGAGUUUCAGGGCAUCAGCUACCAAAUCGCACACCUGCAGACACAGUUGGAAGCCGCCCGUCUUCUAACAUACAACGCCGCUAGACUGAAAGAACACGGCCACGAGUUUGUUAAAGAAGCCGCGAUGGCUAAAUAUUUUGCUUCAGAAAUCGCACAAACGUUAACUUCAAAAUGCAUAGACUUUAUGGGAGGCGUUGGUUUCACGAGAGAUUUUCCGCAAGAAAAAUUCUAUAGGGACGCUAAAAUUGGUACAAUUUACGAGGGUACCAGCAACAUGCAGUUACAAACGAUUGCCAAAUUAUUAGAAAGGGAAUACACACAAUAAGCGCUUUUGCUCCAAAUGACUUAUGAUUUAUUUUCCUUAGUUUUAAGGCGUAUAAACAUUUAGGUCACUUAAUAUUAUAGAAUAUGUUUCCUAUGCUUUAUUUUAAACAAAUACAUAGGACAUAUUACCCUGGAUUUAUUGUCCAAAUGUGUAAAAAACAACCAUGUGGAAAUUCGAGAAUUUAUUAAAUGCUAUAAACUA